AUGCUACCUCUAAAAUUUUUACAUUUAUAAACUAUCAUACUCUUUUUAACUUUAAUUCUGAAAGAUCAAGCAAUGAAAAAUCCAGAUUAAUGUUAGAAAAUUAUCUUAAAAAAAAAUGAAAAAAUUUGUGGUUUAAAUGAGAUUAAUUCCUAUUUCAUAGGUUAAAAUAGUAUUGACUUAACAAACCAAAGUACAUAUUAAGAUUUUGAAGAUUUAAUUGAAAUUUCAAAUGGACCUAUUUUAUAUUCCCAGGAUGAUUUAAUCUUUACAAUGAAAUUUAGGUAACUUAUCAAUGAAAAUGAAAUUUGUUCAUUAAUCUAUAAGUCUCAUUUCAAUGCUUUUUCUAUAAAUUGUAUAUCAACAUAAACCACUUAUAUUAUCGAUAAUUAGUUUAAAAUACUUAUAAAUAAAUAAUAUUAGAUUGAUUUAGAAAUUGAAAAAAAUUUUAACUGUUCCUCAUUUGAUUACAAUAUAGAAGAUUUAAUUAUAUUUUGCUAUUCAUUUGAUUCAAUUAGACUCUACAAAUUAUCAAAGGAAGAAGAAAAAUUCAAAUAAUCAAUAAGAUUUCAAUCAGAAAUGCAAAAAUUUCAAUGCCUAUUAAAAUUCCACUCAUCUUUAGAUUUGUUUUUUAUAAUAUACCUACAGUGUUAGGAAUGGAAAAUAUAAAUUUAUGAGAAUAAUUCAUUAAAACUUUAGAUAGAUGAAAUUUUUUUCAAAGAAAAAGCAAAUGUUUAAGGAGAACUUCUUGAUGUUUUAAUAUGUUAAUAAAAUUUAGUAAUUUUGCUUUCUUCAGGAGGGUUUUAAUUCUUUAAUUAUAAAUUAAAAGAACUAUUCAUUGUAGAAAACUUAAAAUUAAAUGAAACUCUAAUUGAAUUUGAUAAUUUCUGUUCUAUAAAAUUUGUUGUCAAGGGUUUAUCAAAUGAAUAUUUUCGUUCUUCUUUAUCAGAUAAAUAUAAAGAUUUACUUCUUAAUACAAAAGAGUUUCCAAAAAAAGCAUUUUCAAUUUAAAAUCCAAAUAGUUUAUUGCUUAAGUAUGAAAAUUUUUUAAUUUUCUAUGUAAAUAAUCAUGUUCAUUAGAGUUUUAAAAUUUAAUUAAAAGAUAUAUUUUAACUUUCAAAUUAAAACAUUUACAUAGGAAUAGAAGAAGGAAACUAAAUUAAAUUAGUUUUGAUCAAAUAUUUAAAACAAUGCAUACCCUAUUAUGAUAAAAAUUAAUAAUUCUCUAAAUAUUAUCUUUAAUUUAUUUAUACAAAUUUUCCACCAUAAAAUGAAUUUAUUAAUUGUUAUCUCACCAUUAUAAUUGAUAAUGAUGAAUUAAUAAAGAAAAAUGCUUUAUAAAUAGAUUUAGUAAAGAAAAAUAGUUAUAUAAAAAGAAAAAAUUAUGAGGAAAAUUUUCAAAUGAGUUUUAGACGAUCUUCUUUUUAAUCAAUUAAACCUUUCAAAAUAAAUUUUCACUCUUCAUUUAAUCAAAUUUAAUUUUCAAUAAAAGAUAAUUAAUUGAAGUGCAAAUUUAAUUAUUAUUUAAAAAAUUAUAAAGGGAAAUUUGUUAUUAGGACAAAUUAGAAUCGCAUUUAUUCUAUAAUUGUCUAAGUUUCUGGAAAUUAAACUAGAGAAUAUUAUUGUGAAGAUGAAUAAAUUUACCUUUAAUUGAAUAUUUUAUCUUUAAAUGAAUAGUCACUAAAUUAAUUUUUAAGUCCAGAAAUUUUUGUGCUAUUAGAUUAGCAAAAAAGUGUUUAUUUAAAGUUUUUUUGUAACAUUAAAAUUAAAUAGAGAUAAUGAGUAAAAUUGCAUGCUUUGAAACAUAAGUAGAAAACUUAUUUUCCACUAAUAAUGGAAUUCUGAUAAAAUUUAAGGAUUAAGAAGUAUUCUAAAAAAUUAUAUACUCCUCAUUUUAAAUAAUCAUUGAGAAAUACAAGUUUCCAAGUGAAUUAAGCUUGAACUUCUAAGAUUUACUUCAUUUAAAUCAUGAAAUAAAUAUUUUUGUGUAUAUAAAUUAGUUAAAAAUAAUAUACAAAUAAAAAAUUGUAUAAAGUAAGUUUAAUAUUUAUAAUAGUUAUCAAUAUUAGGGCAAAGGUACUUGGAUUAUUACCUAGAUUUCAAAGUAAACAAAUAAGAAGUCUGAUUUUAUUAGAUAUUAAUAAAAAUGAAUUGCAAUUUUAUUAAGUUUCGAUCAUUGAGUUUUUUCAAACUACAACUUACGACUUAAAGGAUUAUGUUCCUAUUCAACCUUUGAGUUUCAAAAUCUAUGAAUCUCUGUUAAUUAUUUCAUGUUAACAUAAAAUUAACUAAAAAAUUUACAUACUAAUAUUCAACUGUGCCUUUUCAUCCUCUUUAUAUUUACUUUAAUAAGUUAUUGAAACAUAAAAUUAUUAUUUUUGGGUUUAAGACAUUUUUUUAUAUUAUUUUAAUAAUAAAAAUAUCUUGUGUGUUUAAGAUUUAAUUUAUAUCAACAUAGAAAUAUAAUACGAUGGAUUUAAUAAUAAAACUAGUCAAGAACUAAGCUUUCAAUUGGAAAUAGAAAUGGAAAAUAUCGGAAUUCCUCCUGUAAAACACGAUUUUAAUAUAACAUUUAUAAAUCCAAGCAUUUUAUAGAUUAUAAACAACAAUUCUAAAUUACUCAUAUAAUAAUAGAAUCAAUAAAUCAAUUUCAGGAAUUUUUUUCUCGGAAAAAUUGACAAUAUUAUCUUGAAAUCAAAUAAUGAUUUUGAGUUGAAAUAUCCCUUAGAAUAGAAAAUGGUUUUGUAAUGUUCAUAUUACAAUAAUAAGUUUUGUUUUUCUCAAAGUAAUAACGAACACCUAAUAUUUUUCAGAAUUGGAUUAAUUGGCUAAACUUUUUUAGUUUAUAAUCUUCAGCAGUUUAUUUUUAAUCUGACAUUCAUUGAAUAAAUUUAAGAAGAUUAAUUUUUGCUUUUAAAUUAAAUAAAUAAUAUAACUCUUUAACUUUCUUUAGUUUAACUAAAAAAUAACUUGUUUACAUUGAAAAAGUAAUUAAAUGCAGAACCGCUUUAAAAUUAAUAUUAAAUAGCUUUCAAGUAAAAUAUAUUGCUGAUUUAAAAAAAUGAAUUUAAGGACAAAUACUUAGUUGAUAUAAAUGAAUGGUUUUAUACUAGUUUAAAUAUGGUUGGCCAAAUUUAUAGUGUAAAUUCAGAAAAAUAUUUGUAAUUAUUUUACAAUCCUAAAGGGUAAAUAAUAUUAAUUAAUUUAUUUCAAAUUAGUAAUUAAUAAGUAAAAUUCUAUCAAAAGUUCGAAAUAUUAAUUAGAGAUUCUUAAAUCAAAGACUACAUUUUAAAAUAAUCAUCAUAUAAUUUCACAGGAUUCAUAAAAUAAAAUUUAACUUAAAAUAACUAGAUUGAUCUGAGUUUAUUGUUAAUUAAUUAUUAAUAAGAAGAUGUCUAUUGUUUAAUUCGUUUAUAUCUUGAUGAUCAAAAACAUGAAUUUAUUAAUAUUAAAAUUCUCAGAUAUCCUUAAUUUGUAUAACCUUGUGAAUAUCUUUUGUUAACUGAUGAGGAGAUUAUUCUUAUGUGUGGAUUAAUUAAAUAUUUUUUUAAUAUGAAAAAUUCUGAAUUAUUUUGUGAUCCAAUUUUUUCAACAAAAGAUCUUGAAAAAAUUGAAAUAUUCAAUAGUACACAUUUUUUAUAUUAAUACUAUUCUUAAUAAAAUUAGUCUAUUGUAAUAAAUAUAGGAUAAAGAGGUGGAUAUUACUUAUAAAAAUUAUCGAAAACCGAGACAUAAUCUAUGUCUCUUGAAUUUCAAGCAAUUAACAUUGAGAAGAUGAAAAUGAGUAAUUAAAAUAUAAUUAACUUUAAGGUUAAGUAGCGCUUCACCUCCAAGUGGUUUAAGCUAAGGUUUAAUAAGAUGAAAAUUUUUCAAUAAGUUUUAUUUUGUUCUUGAUUAUUAUUUUGUUACUUUUGGCAUCUAUUCUUUUUCUUUAUAAAAAACGUUAAAGAAAAUAAAUAGAGCUGAAAAAAAUAUUUACAGCUGAAAUUUCUUUAACAGAAACUAGAUUGAAAAUUAAAUCAAAUAAUUGA